AUGGCGGAGGACUCUUUAAGUCUAUUAGAGAUUCAAACAUUUCUUCUAUCAGAUGUUGAGAAGCUUAAGGAUUUGUGCUUAAAGCAAAGGGAAGAGAUAAAGUCACUUAAAAAUUCCAUACUGUUCCCGGAUGUUAUGAAUUCUCAAGUUCAGGAUCUUUUGGAAAAGCAAGGUUCAGAACUCAAACAGGCAAAGCAGCUUAUACCAAAUCUUCAAAGGCAGGUCACUUCUCUCACCGGGCAACUACAAUGCCUAGCUGAAGAUCUCGCUGAGGUCAAAGCAGAUAAAUAUGCUAUAAGAGGGAGCUAUGACUCUUUUGGUAGCCCUUCCGAAUAUGAUCAAGAAGAAGCAGCUAAUUCUCUGGAAUUCAGCUCUGAGGAUCACACAGUUCCCGGUAGUCCAGAUGACAUGUUUCUCAAGGAUGUAAACCCCUGCUUAACACCUUACUAUGCCAAGACAAAAUCCAAGGAAUUUGACGACUUCAACUCUCCUGAUGCUAAAGAUUUGGUUAAAAACAACAUUCAAGUGUAUCAGGAGUCCAGCUACAAUUCCUGUGCAAGGAAGCUGUCAAAAAGUUCAGAUUGUCGCCAAUGCUCCAAUACAGGCAACAAAGCAACUCGUGCAGCUCGUAGGUCUGAUGAAAGCAAAUGUACUUAUGGAAAGCAGGUUCACAGUAAGUUCUACUGAGUUGUCCUCUAUCCUGACAAUGCUUCUCGAGUGUCACAACGCCUUAAAUCCAAUAGCUUGCCCGUUGACAACAUUCUUAAUGUCAAUUCCUGUUCUUUUCGAUGUACUUUUCAGAAAUCAAUCUGCUUGAGUUGCCUAAACCAAGUAUUUAAUCAGCAUACAUUUUGUUGGUAUGAUCUAUUAAUAAGAUGCAUGUUUGGAGGCUAAA